GUUGUUCUGGUGUCACCUAAUGUUUGCCUUUCCUACCUGACAAAAUCGCCUUGGAACAAACAACAAGAUCCGACUUUCAUUCACGUUUAUGUCGCUCUUAUCGUUGCUGCUGUUCUUGCUUCUACCACACGUGCCUGUCUUUUAAUUCAACUUCUACUCAGAUCAGCCCAAGCUCUCCAUGACAGGAUGGUCAAGUGCCUGUUAAAAGCUCCAGUUUUAUUCUUCGACACCAAUCCUGCUGGAAGAAUACUCAACAGGUGCUCUAAAGACAUUGGCUACAUUGAUGAGAUUUUAUCCCAGACCUUUUUGGGAGUCAUUCAGUUGAUUUUCGUUGUUCUAACUGCACUGGUAUUACCUUCAUUAAUAAUCCCUUGGUUUGUCGUCAUAACCUUACCAGUACUAGCUGCUUUCGUGUACCUAGCAAAAUAUUUUUUUAAUUCAGCGCGGGAGCUGAAGAGACUGGAGGCAAUCUCUCGUAGUCCCGUUUUCUCUCUUUUCUCGGAGACCAUGGCUGGUUUAAGCACCAUUCGCACUCGAAAGAAGGGGAACGAUUUUCUGGAGCAAUUGUACCAGUAA